CCGCCUCUUGGCCGACCGCCGCCGCCACCGCCGCCGCCGAGGGGGGGAACAAGCUGCAGCUCGCGGUGGGCAACGCGGGGCAGGAGGUGGACCUCGACUACUCGCCAAAGAAGUAUUGCGAGCCGCACGCCCGCAACGUGACCGGCUGGGACACGGCGCGUCUGCGCGUCUGCCAUCACUUUUCGGACUCGCACGCCUUUGCCGUUUCGCAUGCCCACGCGUCGGCCGUCGUCGCUGCGCACGCGGCGCUGGUGGCUCGCGACGGGCGCGGGGCAGGCGCCUGCCUCAACCCGUGGCACUCGUCGAGUUGCGGCGAUGACCCCGGCGUGCUGCGCGACUUUUUCGAGCAGUGCGACCGGCCAAAGCGGAGGCAACCUCCCUCGGACACGCGCCUGAGCUGCCGCGGCCUCCUCGCGCUCGCGCUUCCCGCCCCCGCCUGUGAACGGCGCCUCUUCACACCUCCAGCUGUGAACAGGCCUCGUGCUCGCGGGUCUGCGCGUGCCGUGGGCCCUUCUGCACAACAACACCGUCGGCUUCAAGAUGGCCGGCGAGACACAGCCGAGAUAUAGCCGAGAGACUGCCGAGAUAUAGCCGAGAGACUGCCGAGAGGCAGCCGAGAGGUAGCCGAGAGGCAGCCGAGCGGCAGCCGAGCGCCAGCCGAGAGGCAGCCGAGAUAUAGCCGAGCGGCAGCCGAGAGGCAGCCGAGAGGCAGCCGAGAGGCAGCCGAGAGGCAGCCGAGAGGCAGCCGAGAGGCAGCCGAGAGGCAGCCGAGAGGCAGCCGAGAGGCAGCCGAGAGAACACAGCCGAGAUGUACGCACCUUCAAGAGGGACUAGACGAGAGUCACGGGCAACGAAAUGACUGGGCCGGCGUGGACGAGCCGCAGGUGUUCACACGCAGGACUCGUAAUUCAUGAGUUCUACUUUAGAACCGACAGGUGCUCACAAGCAGGACUCGUACGGCAUCAUCUUUUACUUAUUUAUUUAUUAUUUAUUUGGCAGGUGCUCACAAGCAGGACUCGUACGGCAUCAUCGCGCGCAUGGUCAAGGAGACGGCGGUGUGGAAGCAGAUCCUCGAGGAGGGCCACGCCACACUCCACCGCGGCCACGCCUUCAACGCGACACGCGCGGACGAGAAGGGGAGGGUGCGGCGGGAGAAGCGGAGGGAGGCGCAGCGCGCGGGCAAGCUCACGUCGCUCGCAAAAGGCAUCCGCGCCGGCCGCUGAGUAGCAGGGGCGAGGGGACGCCCUCGCUCCCUCUGUCUGAUGAGCGCAUUUGGCGCUGUCUAUUGGUUGUGGGGGGUUCGCUUUGUCUGUCGGUGUUUGCAGAGUGUCGGGCCGAGUGUGCAUGCUUCCUUCCGCCAUCUUCUUUCGACUGAAAGAAACG